CACCACAUUCCACAUUCUCUUCUCUCUCUCUCUCUCUCUCUCUCUCUCUCUCUCCCCUCCACGGCUCCACCCCCUUAAUAAUGAAUUUAGAAGAAGAGAUAGGUUUAGGGUCGUAGUAGCAGCAGUAGCAGUAGAAGAUACAUACCAUUACGAAGAGCUAGCGAACGCGGAGGAGGAGGAGGAGGAAGAUGAGCUCGGGGCCGCGCAUCGUCGUCGCCCUCGUCGCCGUCGUCGUCGCGGCGCUCGCGGUGGCGGCGCCGGCGUCGGCGGCGAACUUCACGUGCAACCACACGGCGGUGGCCGAGUGCGGGGGAGUGAUCGGCUACGUCGCGGCGAACGCCACCACGUACGGCGCCGUGCGGUCGCUGUUCCAGGUCUCGACCCUCGCGGCGCUCCUCGGCGCCAACGACCUCCCCCCUUCCACCCCGGCCGCGGCGCCGGUCGCCGCGGGCGGCGUCGUGCGCGUGCCCUUCCCCUGCGCGUGCUCCAACGGGACGGGGCGAUCGAACCGGACCCCGACCUACACGUCGAAGAACGGCGACACCCUCGACGCGAUCGCGCGGAACGUGUUCGGCGGGUUCGUGACCUACGAGGAGAUCGCGGAUGCGAACCAGAUACCGAACCCUAAUGUGAUCAGUGUGGGGGAUAAGCUGUGGAUCCCGCUCCCCUGUAGCUGCGACCCGGUCGGGGGUGAGGCGGUGGUGCAUCUCGGGUACUCGGUGCCCCACGGGAGCACCGUGGAGGGGAUCGCCGAGGAGUUUGGGGUCGACAAUGCGACGCUGAUGGAGAUCAACGGGAUCGCCGAUCCCUCCAAGCUACAGGCCGAGCAGAUCCUCGACGUGCCCCUUCGAGCUUGUUCGUCGUCCAUUAGAAGCAAUUCACUGGACAGCAACCUACGCCUCGCCAACGGAAGUUACGUCCUUACUGCUAACGGCUGCAUCUUCUGCAGCUGCAGCUCGAGUUCGUACCAGUUAAACUGCUCGAUAGCACAAAACAAGAGCUCCUCGGAAUGCGACGUGCCAAAGUGUCCUGGAAAUUUAUUCCUCGGUAGUACAUCCUCUUCCGGUUGCAACGUCACGACGUGCGCCUACAACGGCUACACGAAUGCCACUGGACUCAACAUUAGCGUCAACCCCGUCACCAACCAAACGAAGUGUUCAAGCAAUGCAGGAUCUCUGGAACGGGGAUUGCGUGGUUCGAUUUGGAGGGCGUUUCUCACUUCGAUUCACAUUGCUUUGAUUGGGAUUUGCUUUGUUUGACAUGAGAGGUGUACCAUAGCAUUUUGUAGUUCUCCGUUUGGUAGGUUUCUGAUUUAUUUGGUUGAGAAUAAGCUUUUGUGGGUAUGGAUGCCUUGCAAAAGCAGAAAAUCUGAGUGUUUUUUUUUUUUUUUUUUUUAUAUAUCGGUAUUAAGCGAAUAUAGUCUUGUAAGAUUAGUAGAGUACCUUACUGCUAGAGAAAUUAAAUUGAAGAGCUUCUGUUUUCGGGUCCUA